CUCCUUGCAGAGCUCAGGAGUUAGAUGGAUUUGUUCAGAACAAAAUAUUUACAAACAAUGAUAUUUCCAGUGUUCCUCUUCUCGUUUCUCUUGAUCGCACAGAGCAAUGCUCUUACCGGUAGAGCAAGAGAUACAAACAGCCCAUUUCGAAUGAACAAGCUAAAUGUUCUGUGGCAGAAAGCACAAAAAAAAAUGUCCGAACAAAAGUUGGCUGAUUUACGCCGCUUACUGGAGCUACAAGACAGGGCAGAAAUCAAAUGGAAGGAUUUAAAAGCCAACGGAGGAGACGAAGACGGGGAAAUGGAGGCCACGCUAAGAAGAAAGUUUUAUCGAAUACUGGAGCAGUUUGGCUUGGAGAAACAUUAUGGUAGGGCGGAUGAUGGAAACGAAAUUCGAGACAACACAGCCGGCCGUGGCGUGUUCGGCGAUAAACGGUUGAGUGAACUUUGGGAAUCUGCAAAGAAACAAGGCAAAUUUAACUCAGAGGAACUUAGUGAUCUCCAAACUGAAUUUAACCAUCACAGAGAUAAGCUGAAAGAAUAUAACCGCCUACUCAAAGUCUUGAUGGAGCAGGAUGAAAUCUCAGAAAAUUCAGUUUUAUCUAAAGAAAAUCUCAAGGAAGAACUACUGAAGAAAUUACAAGAUAAACUUCAAGACAGCCAUGCUGACCUGACUGAUAGCUUCGCAAAGCUGAAGGAGAAGGCGACAGGAGAGAAAGUGCAUGGAGAAUUCCGAGACCCUCGUGUAAAUGAGUUGUGGGAGAAAGCGCAGACAGCAAAAUUUACUGAAGAGGAACUAGAAUCCAUUAAGCAAGAGUUGUACCAUUUUGAUCACAAAAUAAUGAAACACAAACAUUUCAGAAAAGAAGCUGAAGAGUCUCGUCGUCUUGUUGAUGAUGGUCAGCACCAUUUCAAAGAGAAGCACGAAAAACUGGCAAAGAGGGCAGAAGAACAUGGAAGAUGGGUGAAGAAAAUGCAUUCAACAUUGAUGGACAAAGUUGCUGCAAAGAUCGAGUUGUAGUAACUUUUAGUUACAUAUGAAGACCCACUCUAGCUUACUUGUUGUUAAGGUAUAUUUUAAAGUUAAGGCAGGACAGAAUGCAAAAACCUAAUUUUGGUUUAUCAGAUAAAUAAGAGUUACACGGAGGUAGUUUUUUAAAGAAACUGGUGCUGCACACAUUGGAAGGGGGUAUUACAAAGAAUUUUGUUUAAUCAACCAAGUUGACAAUGUAAAUUGUUUCUAAAGCUGACAUUUCAUGUAUCAACCACUUGAUCAUCAGCUUUACCGACUCUCCACAGUGGCCAAUUCACAUUAUCAACCCAGUGUAUUAAACCAAAUUAAAUAGUUACCCAUCCACAAAAUUAUUAUUUUUGUAAAACAUAAGAACAAGCUAACUGUUUUUGUAGCAAAAUAAAUUCCAAUCACCCAAACAAAGACUCUUUAAUAGGUAAGACCUUUCUUCAAGAGGUAAUUCCACGUGCUUUUUGUUAAAAUUCUGUUCACUCCGACAUGUCAGGUGUUGUCAAGUAUCAUUUCAUGUGAGUGAAGCAAAAAUUGUGCAGUUUUUUUUUUUCAUUGCCUGUAUAAGUGAAUACUAAGUCUAUUCUCAUAAUGAACAAUUUGCCUGGAAUAGACCUUUGGUUUUAAGAGUAUCAAAUAAAGAUUGAGUUGGAUGCAAUGAGAGAAUUGGGGAAACUCUGUUGUAAUCAUUUUAAGGCUGUCUAUGGCUUUUAAUCAGAAUUGUAUUUUACUGUGUAAAAAGGACUUUGUUCUUACUCCAUGCGUUGAUGCAAGAGAACAAACUACCUCAACCAAUAAAACUAUUUAUUCUUUUCAAUUCAUCACACCUCUUAAAAUAAAAUUAUCAUAUAAUGUACAUGCUAUUUAUUUUCCAACCCUGGGUAUGUUUACAAUAGUACUGUUGCUUGAAGGUCUUCAGCAAAAACAGUCAUGUGACUGUAAUGAUGGUAGGCUUUUGCAGAGUACAAUCACAUGCUUGAUACAAAAUCACCAUACAGGGUUACAUAUUGCUUGCUGGUACUAGUCAAUCAACAAUAAGUCAUUAAGAUUAAUUUUUUUUGCAUAUCAUGGUGUGUAACUUGCCAUCCAGCAUGACAGAAUGUGAUCACACAUACCAGGAAUGCCACAAGGAACCUACAUUUUAAAUCAAUACAUACGUACCGUAUCUUAUUUAAUGUUUUUAUAUUUAUGGCACAAUUGGCAGUACUUGAUUUUGCCAUUUUGUUCAGUAGUGUAUCCAUUAUAUUUAAUACCAGUAAAAAAAGCUACAUAAAUAAACUGUACAUGUUCUGCAAGCAUUUGUUGCAAUAACUAUCUAAAUUAUUUUGUACCUGUAAAAUAGCCAAUCUUAGAGCACACUGUAUUUUUAUUACUGUUGCUGUGCUAAAACGAUUCCUCUCUUUCACUGAAAACUCAUGAUCAACUUGGGACUCCAAG